AUUACAGGUACUCGCGGCCUUUCACGAGUGUUGUCACGAAUAGGCACAUAGCACAGAACCACAAUAUAACAUGUAUUACUAGGCAUGCAGAUACUGUAUGUAUGGAAAGUAGCUACAAAAAGAAACUUCAGGAAAACAAAACCAUCUCGGGCCGGCCAUCCCGUUGGACGGGUUACUUCAUGGCAGCAGCCCGCGCAAGUUGGAAGCUGCUAUCCUUGGUCACAAAACGGGUGUUUUUCCCCGUAAAGCUGUCCCAGACAAGCUUGGCAGUUACUCUGAGAUAUUCUACAGCUUCUUGUGACAAGUCUGGUCCCCAUUUUUCGACAGACAACAUGGGGGAUGACGAGGUGACAGCGUUGGUGAUCCUGGCCGAAGGCGCCGAGGAGAUGGAGACCGUCAUCUCGGUGGACGUCAUGCGCCGGGGAGGGAUCAAGGUGACCCUUGCAGGGCUGGCUGGAACUGACCCGGUCAAGUGUAGCCGUGACGUGGUCAUCUGUCCGGACACCAGUCUGGACGAGGCUCGCAAACAUGGUCCCUAUGAUGUGGUUGUGUUGCCUGGUGGACUGGGAGGGGCCAAGAACCUGGCUGCCUCUGCCAAGGUGAAGGAAGUGUUACAGGAGCAGGAAGGGAAGGGGAAGCUGGUGGCUGCAGUGUGUGCAGGUCCCACUGCGUUGGUGAGCCAUGGUAUUGGGAAGGACAAGACAGUCACCUCUCACCCCAGUGUGCAGAAGGUGAUGGAGGAAGCCGGCCAUCCCUACACAGAAGCCCGGGUGUCCAGAGAUGGUCACAUCAUCACCAGCCGGGGGCCCGGAACCUGCUUCGAGUUUGCUCUCCAGAUUGUGGAGGCACUCCGAGGCAAGGAGGUGGCUGACAAACUGGUCCCUCCCAUGCUCCUCAAACUGUAGUCUUGUCCUGACGAUCCUCCAGGGAUCUAAAGCUUUCUUUGUGAAGACUUGGCUAUCAAUGCAGCUGGAAAAUCUUCAAACUGAAAUGGUGAAUUAGAUAUGUCAUGUUGCUAAUGACUGUAAAGGAAUUGUUAGAGAAGCAGGAAAACAAAUUGACAAGUAGAAAAGACUGACAUUGACAAGUAGGAAAUACUGUGUUAAGAAGUUAAGUCUGUCCACUGCUGCUGUGAACAUGAUUUUCCUAUCAUUGUAGAAACAAUACUGAUGUAAAGGGGGCUGUAAGCUGCUCCAUCAUGAAAAAAGCAGAGCUUUUGACCGCAGAAACAACUUAUUUUAUUUGUAAAAUUAUCUUCACAAAUGGUAUAUUCUUUGAGUAAGUCACUCUGAUCAAAAGAAGCUCAAGGUAUUCUAUGAUUCUGGGUGAAGUAAAGUAUUGACAAUGCGA